CACAUGAAAAGUAAAGCUGCAUGGAGCCUGAAUUCUUUGCUUAGCCAUGCAGUAGUGAAGAGGAUUAGCUCAAGCUGAGCACCAGUUUUGGCAUUCAUUUAGCCAUCAUUUGGCUGACUGAGAGAGACUCUACCAAAAGCUACCUCCUUGCCUCUCCAUCUAAAUCUCCUCUUCACUCCCUUUCUGCUCUCCUUUUCUCCUUCUGUCCUUUUUUUCCCCCUUUUCAAUUAUGACUCUGUUAUCAGAGGAUCAGUCUGCGAGGCCCCAGCCCUGCCGGGUCUCUGAGCCUGGCAAACACAUCCACACUUCUUUACGUCAGUACUCAACAGAUUGCAGUGGCUCCAAAGUGGACUACGCAGACAGCGUGGAAGGCUCUGUGUUUGCAGCUGUGGAGCCUCCCAGGCGCUCUCGGGGCCGCCUUAUCCUCCACGGCCUGGUCAUGUUUGGAAGGGAAUUCUGCUAUGCCGUGGAAGCAGCUUUUGUCACACCGGUGCUUCUGAGCGUGGGCUUGCCCCGCAGUCUGUAUAGCAUAGUGUGGCUGAUCAGCCCCAUCUUGGGCUUCCUGCUCCAACCCAUCAUCGGCUCAGCCAGCGACUAUUGCCGCUCAUCGUGGGGCCGGCGGAGGCCUUACAUCCUGGCACUGGGCAUUCUGAUGCUUGUGGGAAUCACCCUGUUCCUUAAUGGAGAUGCUGUCAUCUCAGCACUCGUCAGCGACAGAUCACUGAGGAGCACAUGGGCCAUUGUGGUGGUAAUGUUUGGAGUCGUGCUCUUUGACUUUGCUGCAGACUUCAUUGAUGGACCCAUCAAGGCCUACCUGUUUGACGUGUGUUCACAUCAAGACAAGGAAAGAGGUCUGCACUACCAUGCUCUCCUCACAGGCCUGGGAGGAGCAUGUGGUUACCUGGUGGGAGCUAUGGAUUGGGGCCAUUCCGUGAUGGGUCAGCUCCUUGGAUCUGAGUACCAGGUCAUCUAUUUCUUCUCAGCACUGACCUGGGGCAUCUUCCUCACUGUGCACCUCUUCAGUAUUCCAGAGCAACCUCUCGGCAAGGCCCCAUCUGCAUCUGAUUUCUCAUCAUCAAGUGCUCUUCACCUACUGGGCUCUCACAGCAGUGGUUAUGGAGCGCUGGUUAAGGAGCCUGUCUCUCCUGUAGCCCCUGCACCUGCUACAGAUCUCAGGCCCAGGUCUUUCUCAGCUCUGGGAGAAGCCAAUUCAGUGACCUCAAGCGCCAAACAGCCAAACAAGGAGGACCAGAAGAAGAUGACGUUCAGGUUGCUGAUAAAAGCUAUUGUCAAUAUGCCGAGUCACUACCGCUGCCUGUGUGUCAGUCACCUGCUGGGAUGGACCGCGUUUCUCUGCAAUAUGCUCUUCUUUACCGAUUUUAUGGGACAGAUUGUAUACAAGGGGAAUCCAUACGCCAAUCACAGCUCUGCUGCCUAUGCCACAUAUGAGAGGGGAGUCGAAGUUGGCUGCUGGGGAUUGUGCAUCAAUGCAGUGUCCUCGGCUCUCUACUCAUAUGUCCAGCGAUUCCUCCUCUCAUAUAUCGGGCUAAAAGGAUUAUAUUUUAUGGGUUACUUUGUGUUUGGCUUGGGCACCAGCCUGAUUGGCCUUUUCCCCAACAUCGUAGCAACGCUCGUCCUCUGCAGCGUGUUUGGCGUCAUGUCCAGCACACUGUACACCAUCCCAUUCAACCUGAUAGCAGAGUAUCAACGUGAAGAGGAGGAACAACUGAAGCAGCACGGAAGCAAUAAAAGUCCUCGAGGCACGGGGAUGGACUGCGCCGCCCUCACUUGCAUGGUCCAGCUGGCUCAGAUCAUCGUGGGCUUGGGGCUCGGUGCUCUGGUCAACGCGGCUGGAAGCGUGAUAGUGGUGGUCCUCUCAGCCUCAACCAUGUCUCUGAUAGGCUGCAUCUUCAUCGUCCUCUUCAUCAGAUAUGUGGAAUGAUUCUGCUUAAAUACAGUUUUUAAUGAUAUUGUUUUAAUAAAUAAAGAUUC